GGCUGCUGCUGCGGGCCUCCGGAUUCCGCUCGCCAUGGCUUCCCGGGACGCAGCGACCGCUUGCAACGCCGACUCCUUCCGGCUGCAGCAUCUGCACUUGGCUCUGCGCGUCGAUUUCGAACCGGCGGGUUCCGGGCAUUUGCGAGGCUCGGUGAGGCUGGAGUUGACAUGCCUGCGGGACCAAGUGAAGGAGAUCGUCUUGGACUCGCAUGCCAGCGUGGAGGUGGAAAGCGCUGGUCUGGCGCCGCCGAAGAGCGGGAAAGAAAAAGGCCAAGAGCCGGGAGCGCUGCGCCCCGUCUCUUUCGAGAACCGCCCGUUCGCCAGUUACGGCUCCGCGCUGCACGUCUCCCUGCCUGAACCUCUGACACGCGGUGACGCGGUAGUGCUAGAGAUCGCCUAUCGGGCCGGAGGGGGUCCCGGGGUAUGUUGGCUUACGCCAGAACAGACUGCAGGAAAAAAGAAGCCCUACAUGUACACUCAAGGCCAAGCUGUUCUAAAUAGGUCUGUUUUCCCCUGCUUUGACACUCCUGCAGUUAAAAGUUCAUAUUCAGCUAUUAUAAAGGUCCCUGAGGGCUUCACUGCUGUGAUGAGUGCAAUUACCAGGGAGAAGCAGAAGGGAAACACUUUCCUCUUUGAGAUGCCUCAUCCUAUCCCUUCUUAUUUGGUGGCCCUGGCCGUUGGGGACAUUGUUUCAGCAAAAGUGGGACCAAGGAGUCACAUCUGGGCUGAGCCCUCCAUGAUUGAAGCUGCUAGGGAAGAGUUUGAAGGUGUGAUUGAAAAAUUUCUUACCGCUGGAGAGAAGAUUUUUGGGCCAUACGUAUGGGAAAGAUAUGAUGUCCUGUUUAUGCCACCUUCAUUCCCAUUUGGGGGAAUGGAAAACCCCUGUAUCACCUUUGCGACACCCUGCCUAUUGGCUGGUGAUGGCUCCCUGGCAGAUGUGAUCAUCCAUGAAAUCUCACAUAGUUGGUUUGGAAAUCUGGUCACCAAUGCCCAUUGGGGGGAAUUCUGGCUGAACGAGGGCUUCACCAUGUAUGCCCAAAGGAGGAUUUCUACAGCACUCUAUGGUGCUGCUUAUACUUCCCUGGAAGCUGCUAUCGGGAGAGCUUUGCUUCGUCAGCACAUGGACAAUGUUGGGGAAGAUCAUCCUCUCAAUAAGCUCAGGGUGCAAAUCGAACCAGGUGUUGAUCCUGAAGAUACAUAUAAUGAAACUCCUUAUGAAAAGGGCUACUGUUUUGUCUCAUACCUUGCCCAUCUUGUGGGGGAUCAGCCUAAGUUUGAUGCUUUUCUGCAGGCUUACGUGAACCAGUUCAAAUUUCAGAGCAUCACAGCAAAUGACGCCCUUGAAUUCUACUUGAAAUAUUUCCCAGAAUUGAAGAAGCAAGGGGUGGACACCAUUCCAGGUUUUGAGUUUGACCGAUGGCUGAAUAUACCUGGUUGGCCGCCGUACCUUCCUGAUCUUUCACCUGGAGAUGAGUUGAUGAAGCCAGCAAAUAAACUGGCAGAACUCUGGGCAGCUCCUGACCAUGAUAUGGAGGCAAUUAGAGUACUAGAUAUCUCUGAAUGGAAGACCUACCAGCUGGCCUAUUUCCUAGAUAAUAUCUUGGAGAAAUCUCCUCUGCCCAAUGGGCAUGUUGAGAAGAUGAGCAUCUUGUAUCCUAAGAUCUCUAAAGCACGGAAUGCUGAGCUGCGUCUUCGUUGGUCCCAAAUUGUGCUCAAAAAUAAUUAUGAAGCAGGGUUUGAUCAAGUGAAAGACUUUCUUCACAGCCAGGGAAAACAGAAGUACACCCUUCCCAUCUACCGGGCCAUGAUGAGUGGCUCAAAAACGGCUAAAGCAUUGGCCAUGGAAGUAUUUCGGUCCACUGCUUCACAGCUCCAUGUUAAUGUUCGGAAGUAUGUUGAAAAGAUCUUAGGUUUGAAAACUGAAGAAAGCUAGGAAGAAAGCCGCAAAUACAAGCCAGUUUGUAUGAAUGGCUAUGAGUGAUCUGUGGGAUUAAAGGGUAGAAGAAAUAAAGGCUAUUUUCAAAACUUUUGCUGGUAUACAGGAUUAAUCUCAAUCUUCUUUUGAUUUAAUGCUGGAAAUUUCAAGAGAUUAAAGCUCUCCAAAGAUAAUCUUUACUCGUGGGUAACUUGCUGGAUAAAAGAACUUUGUUUUUUUCUUUGUAAAUUUUGAAAAUGUAAAAAAUACAAAUGUAAACAUUGUUUCCAAGUAAAUUAAAAGAUAGUAGCAAUAUGCUUAUUUCGAUUAACAAUAGCUAUCAUUUGGUAUUGAUGCUAAUAAAUUUUUAUCUGUGAUUUUUCACUUCAA